UUUACCAAAAUGUCCUCCGGUUUGGCUGCUCGACGUGUUUGUCGACGGUUAUUUUUAUUAAACCGUCAGUGUUUAACUACUUUACAACACAGGAAUUUAUCCGAGGAACCUAGGACUGAACAGCAAACACAUUUUGGUUUUCAGUCUAUUCCAGAAAGCGAGAAAGAGAGUAAAGUUCAUGAGGUAUUCAAAAAUGUUGCCAACAAAUAUGAUUUGAUGAACGAUGCCAUGAGUGUUGGAAUCCAUCGUCUUUGGAAGGAUUAUUUCAUAAGGCAGUUGGCUCCGACUUGUGAAACCAAACUUGUUGAUGUGGCUGGAGGAACAGGUGACAUUGCAUAUAGAUUUCUUAAUUAUGUCAAACACUUACGAGCAGAUCUGCCUAACGAUGCUGAAGAUUUCGAUCAACUAAUUAAGGAUGAGUUUGUCACCAUCAGUAGCUCACCUGAAGUUGAAAAUGAUGCUGCUGUGGGGGCAUCUGCCCAAGUGACUGUUUGUGAUAUCAACCAGUCGAUGCUGGACGUUGGUCAGAAACGAUGCGAGGAGUUAGGGUAUGACCCAGCUUCCAUUAAGUGGGUGCAGGGCAAUGCAGAAUCCCUCCCGUUGGAGGACAACCAGUUUGACGCCUACACCAUUGCCUUUGGGAUUCGCAACGUGACUCACAUAGACAAGGCUCUUGAAGAAGCUUAUCGGGUCCUCCGUCCAGGUGGAAGAUUCCUCUGUUUGGAGUUCAGCCAAGUACCAAAUUUUGCAAUACGCAACGUCUAUGAUUUUUAUUCGUUCCAAGUGAUCCCUGUUCUGGGGCAGGUCCUUGCUGGGGACUGGAAAUCUUAUCAGUACCUUGUGGAAAGCAUACGUCAGUUUCCUGACCAGGAACAAUUUGCAUCUAUGAUUCGCGCGGCCGGAUUCCGAAUGGUGACCUAUGAAAACUUAACCUUUGGUGUGACUGCUUUACAUUCAGGCUUCAAACUCUGAAAAUUACUUUGAAAUUGCCAUUAUGUGAUAUUUAGUUGCAGUGUCUCAAGUUCAAAUCCUGCCUGUUCCACGCUGCUUUUAAUACUUCCAAGGGUUCAUAAAAUACAUUA